CCCUCCCUCCUUCUCGGCUCUGUUGCUCCCGCGGCGCGCGGCGCUCUAGCUCUUGCUCUCCUCGGCCACCCCUCCCCCGGCGCAGCCGCCGCCGCCGCCGCCGCCGCCGCCGCUGCUGUCCAGAGACCCCAGCGCUCGGCGCUCCCUCCCGCGCGCGCCCCUCGGCCCCCGAGGAGAACCAGAGGGCUAGCGAGCGCGGCGCUCCCGGGGCCCCCUCUUCACCACCGCCUGCUCUCCGCCGCCUUCCUCCGUUUCCACCCCCCCCUCACGUAGAGGCCCCCUCCGGGGGGGGGAGGCCCGGGGCCGGGAGCGAAUUCCCCCAACUCCCUCAGGCCCGCCGCCACCCGGUCCGACUGUGAGGGGGCCCGGUAGGGCCCAUUUCGAGUGUGAGGAGGACCCCGGGCGGGCCCGCGGGCCGUCUGGGGCCUCGUCCGGCCCCACCGGGCGUGUGGAGACAGGGGGCCCGGCCCGGCCCGACCCGGCCCGAGGGCGAACGGAGGGGAGGGGCCUGGUCCGGCCCGGCCGGUGCGCGAGGACUGGGGCCCCGGCCCGGCUCGGCCGCCGCCGCGAUGGCCCAGCAGCAGAUGACCAGCUCGCAGAAGGCCCUGAUGCUCGAGCUCAAAUCCCUGCAGGAGGAACCAGUGGAAGGCUUCCGGAUCACCCUGGUGGAUGAGUCCGACCUCUACAACUGGGAGGUGGCCAUCUUCGGACCCCCCAAUACUCUCUACGAAGGCGGCUACUUCAAGGCACAUAUUAAAUUUCCUAUUGACUACCCAUAUUCACCACCUACCUUCAGAUUCUUGACCAAAAUGUGGCACCCCAACAUUUAUGAGAAUGGAGAUGUAUGCAUUUCAAUUCUUCAUCCGCCUGUAGAUGACCCACAGAGUGGAGAACUGCCCUCUGAAAGGUGGAAUCCUACUCAGAAUGUGAGGACUAUUCUGUUAAGUGUAAUCUCACUGCUUAAUGAGCCCAAUACCUUUUCCCCAGCCAAUGUGGAUGCUUCAGUUAUGUUCAGGAAAUGGAGGGACAGUAAAGGAAAAGACAAAGAAUAUGCUGAAAUCAUUAGGAAACAGGUUUCAGCCACUAAGGCUGAAGCAGAAAAAGAUGGAGUGAAGGUCCCUACAACCCUGGCAGAAUACUGCAUCAAAACUAAAGUGCCUUCCAAUGACAACAGCUCAGAUUUGCUUUAUGACGACUUGUACGACGACGACAUUGAUGAUGAAGAUGAGGAGGAAGAAGAUGCCGACUGCUAUGAUGAUGAUGAUUCUGGCAAUGAGGAGUCGUGACAUGUUCCUUCAGUGCCCCUGUACUGCCCUGCCGUCUCAGGCCAAAGGGAGGGGAGCAAGUGGGGACCGAGCAGUGUCCCCUCAGCAGAAACUUACGGGGUGGGAAAAACACAGAGCUCCUGCUGACUCCCCUAUGGAUCUCAGUUUGCUCCUUUUCGUGGACCUUUACUGGAGAAAGUAACCCUCCACAGGAUCUCUGAAUUCCUGCAUUCUUUACCCUUUCAUCACUGUACUGAUUCUUUUUUAAAAACCACCACGACCCAGACUCCCGCCUCACUUCAUCUCUGCAGAGCGUUCACAGCAAAACACGUUUGUCUGUUUUUAGGUUCCUGAAGAAUUAGUCUAAGACAUUUAAUGUGUUUAAAGCUGGGAACCCACUGGGAGUUCACAAGUGCUGCAUAUAUUGGGUAGCAAAAGAAAAUGGGAAAAAGUAUAAACAAAAAGAAACCCACAAAACAAAACUAAAAAAAACAAAAACAAAAACAAAAA